AUGGCAGUAGCAAACCCCCAUCAGCCAGCAAAUGUCCAGCCCCAACCCCCUUUCCCAACCUACCAUACAGCAGUAGACCUUCCCUCCCAGGCCCGUCUCCUCUGUGAAAUCGUCGAAACCGUCCCAAUUCAUGACCUCGAGGCCCGUCUUGCCUCUACGCAAAUCAAGCCCGAGCCCGAGACGGUGCAGCAGGUUUUGAAGCUUUUGUAUAAUUCCCCUUCUGCCGCCGUCAAGUUCUUCGGGUGGUCUGGGCUGACUCGAAAGCAUAGCGAGUAUUCGUGGAAUCUUAUGGUGGAUUUGUUAGGAAAGAAUCGGUUAUUUGAGCCCAUGUGGGAUGCUGUGCGGUCCAUGAAGCAGGAAGGUGUUCUGUCGUUGACGACUUUUGUCUCGGUUUUUGGGAGUUAUUGUGCUGCUGGAAGGUUAGGUGAGGCUGUCAUGAGUUUUGACGUUAUGGAAAGGUAUGGGAUUCAACCUGAUAUUAUUGCAGUGAAUUGUUUACUGAGUGCAAUCUGUAGAGAAGAUAACCAAACUGAGAAAGCACUUGAGUUCUUUGAAAGGAUGAAAACUAAGAUACCUCCGGAUGCAGACACAUUUGCCAUUUUAUUGGAAGGAUGGGAAAAGGAAGGGAACGUGGCUAAGGCAAAGACCACCUUUGGGGAGAUGGUGAUUCGGGUGGGUUGGAGCCCACAGUACAUUUCUGCUUAUGAUGCAUUUCUGAAUACUCUUUUACGUGGGUCACAGGCUGAUGAGGCAAUCAAGUUCUUGCAGGUGAUGAAGGGAAAGAACUGCUUGCCAGGUUUGAAAUUCUUUUGUAACGCUCUUGAUAUUCUUGUUAAACAGAAUGACUCGGCUCGUGCCGUUCUGUUGUGGGGUAUAAUGGUAGGUAGUGGGUUGGUUCCAAAUUUGAUAAUGUACAAUGCCAUGAUUGGCUUGCUUUGCAACAACAAUGAUACUGACAAUGCCUUCCGUCUUCUCGACGCGAUGGUUUUCCAUGGUGCUUUUCCUGAUUCUUUGACAUAUAAUAUGAUUUUCGAAUGCUUGAUCAAGAAUAAGAAGGUGCGCCAAGUGGGUAAGUUCUUUAAUGAAAUGAUCAAGAACGAGUGGUCUCCAACCCCUGCAAAUUUCACUGCUGCAAUCAAAAUGUUAUUUGAUGGCGAUGAUCCGGGGAUGGCAAUUGAGAUUUGGGACUAUAUGGUUAAAAACAGCAUUUCACCUUGUGAUGAUGCCGCAAAUGCCUUGCUUCUUGGGUUCUGUAGUUUGGGGAGAAUAACAGAGGUAAGAAGGUUUGCAGAGAAGAUGAUAGAUGGAAAACUCAUCAUCUCUGAGUCGACGAUGACAAAGGUGAAGAAUGCUUGUUAUAAAGAGGGAAGAAAUUCACGUGAAUUGUAUGAUUAUCUUCUAAGGAAGUGGAAGUCUUCCUGUCUCUAA